ACACGUAUUGUGGUGAGUGGUUUCACGUGACGUCACCACCUGCCAUGCUGGCGGGACAGACAAAAGAAAACAAGCCCAAAAGUCCAGCAUUGUUCAGUUAAGUCAGGCACGACAAAUCAUUGCCAUCCGACAUGGCUGACAGUGAAAACACUCUUUUAGGCAGAACAGUCUGGUAGCAACAGAAAUCUCUAAAAAUCUCUAAAUGUCAUGUUUAUAAAUGUUGUUCGGGAUGAACUAAUUCAAUAGUGGACAGAUAUGUUACCCACCACAACAAAAUGAGUCGCAUGUCGCACAGAAGAUAAGCCUAAAAUGACACUAGGAAAUGAUAGAAGAAAUUGAUGUCCUCAGAUUUCACAAAAGGCAGACAACAGUGAAAUAAACAACCAGUCCAUCUCAACCUGUCAAGCUCGGAGCGACAUGCGACUCAUUUUGUCCUGGUGGGUCUCAUAUGGUGCGCAUCGACCGAUUCGAUAGUGUUGAAGGUCUGGAGGUCAGUGUUGUCGGAAUAUAUAACAUUAAAGUAAAUUGCAAAUUAGGAUUACUUUACACCAGAGAUUUCCACUUCCACGUAAACAUUCAAUUGCCAACUCCGUCCAACGUUUCGUGGGCAAAUACACUGUGAUAUUGAUUCGAACCUUGUUCAAAUGACGAAUUCUGGAAUACGUUAUUGUUCAAAUGACGAAUUAUGGACUAUGCUUGAUAUCACCAGGUUUGCAAUCAAAUGUGAUGGCAUUAGAUAAUGCUUUUACAGAGUCCAUUUCCUCUUAAUUGGUGUACAUAGCUAAUUGUUUGAUAUCCAUAAUAUACAUUCUACAAACACAUGGAUACAUACGUGACAGCCGAUGUUACUGUUUGUUGGCAUGGAAAACAUGCAGCAUGGUGUUGUGUACUAAACAGACAACUUGAGAUUCAUUUUUUUCUGAUUCCUAUACUGCACGCCAUGAAUCCUGCGAAAAAGCAUUAAAUUCCACUGCGAAAGGGCGACUGCUUCGAUUACUUGAGACCCGUACGUUGUAUAAUUCAACAAAACAGAUUUUAAAACAGGUUUAACAAAUUGAAUCAUAAGCAACGCGAAUCCAGAGUGUUCAGUUCACAACACCUUGUCACGUACGAAAAUGUGUGCUGCUUUCCUCUGGAGAUGUCUUCUCAUGGUGUCAUUUACAGGCUCCGCAUUCUCUGCAGGAAGCCUGAACGCUGAGGGAGAACUUAUUCGUCAACUGACCGAUCCUUCGGUUUAUGAGAAGGUUGUGAGACCAGUUAGAAAUAUUUCCGAUCCCGUGGUCGUGACCGUCAAAUUUACUGUGCAAAGGUUUCAGCUGGACAGCAGUACAUCCACAUUGUCGUUAUAUGGCUACCCCGAAAUAGGUUGGAAAGAUGAGUAUAUGCGAUGGAACGAGUCUGAAUAUGACGGGUUGCAAUCGAUACUGGUACCAGGAGAUGCAAUCUGGCUGCCAGAUAUAGGCAUUUAUAAUCGAAUCGACGCCGACCCUGCGUUUGAAUACCGGCCAGCACACAGAAUAAUCUUGAAGUCAGACGGGACUUUGACUUGGUUAUUGGUGGCCGCUUUUUCUGUCGAGUGCGUGAUGAAAAUGGCUAAGUUUCCUUUUGAUGAACAAAUUUGUUCGUUUUUAAUCGGAAGUUUAUCACACGAUCCCCGAAAGUUGCAACUUUUAAAGAACAGUGUACCCUCAUCGACCAAAGGCACAGUGAACGGAGAAUGGUCAUGUGUCGAAAACGGUGAAGUUGAAACAUACUACUACGAACAAAAUUUCCCUGAUUGGAAACAAUACCGAGUUACAAUGUACCUCAGGCGAAAAUCAACCUACUAUGUGCUGAACGUCUUAAUUCCUUGUGUUGGCGUUUCUCUCCUGGUCGUGAUGGUGUUCUUCCUUCCUUGCGAGUCAGGAGAGCAGAUCUCACUCAGUAUAACCACAUUGGUGGCGCUGACCGUAUUCCAGAUGACAACUGCGAACAACAUUCCUAAGACCACGAAUGAAACACCCGUUUUAGUUAUCUAUUUGACGGCACUGACUGCUAUGUCUGCCGCCUCGAUCGUCCUGACCGUGCUGGUUCUGAAAGUGUUCUACACGCCCGCAGAUAGAGAAAUGUCCCCAAUGGUCGAGAGGGUAAUCCGCGGCCUUGCAAAGAUCACUUGGAACACGGCGGCCAUUCCACGUAAUUUCACGUCCUCUCCUACAGCUACAUCUGUGUCGCCAAUGGACAGGUCUCGCAAAGGUAAUAAAGAGACAAACAUCACGAAUCGGCCUCUGCGAUACGUGAAAAAGGCGAAUUUAGAACAGAUGACCAAAGAGGUUUAGAAUGGACAGUCGCUGCACGUAUUAUCGACACGUUCCUGAUGUACUUCUUUGUUAUUUUGAUGUUCAUCAUAACGUCUGUUUGCUUUGUGCAAACGAGGUUCUCGUUAGCAAAACUGGUGGGGUAUUGUGACUAAAACCUUCAAAUACUGUCAGCGAACACGAGGUUUAGACUCCUAAUGAGGGAAGCCGUACACACUGCGAAAGAAAUUGCGAUUCACAACGAAGCUACAUGUAGUUCCAGCGAACAAAGCUAGUUCCAGCAAUAUGCUCCUUGAAUCAAUAUAUCCACUUUAGAUCUAGUUUGGCGAUCCGUGCAUUACUACACACAGGUUCAACCAAAACGUUUUCCAAAAUUAGUUACAACAAAAGUUCAAAAGAUAAAAAUCAUGGCAAUUUAUAUCAAUGAUGGAAUUAUGCCAGCACAAAACUGUCUAUUUCAAGAUUCUCCUAGCCGAUCGUGCAAUCAUAGGUGGCCUCAUUGGGUAUGACAGUGUGAGAAUAUUACUACAAAAUAGAUGAUAAAUAUUUGUAAUAUUCCAUGUAUCAAAUUAUGUUUAAACCGCGAUAUUUAUCAAGCAUUAAUUUUCGUGUAAGCAUAAAUCUGCUCUUUAUUUGCAGCCUGAAGAGGAAUGUGGUUUAUCUGUUUUGAUACUGCAAUUACAUAACGUUUGGCAUAAAGAAAGAUCCGUUAGUAUUUCUAAAGAGAGUUUGUUAUGGCCGCUGGGAGUGAUGGAACAUCGAUGACAUGUAACUGGUGAGACGGGGGAAAUCAUUAGUAAUUCAUAGACCAGAGGGACUCACUGGUUGUGAUGUGCGUUCAGAAAUAUAAUAGGUCUGUUUACACGGUGCAUGUUCAUUGAACUGACCUAGAUUAUAACUCUCUUAAGGUGGAGCAAGGCUGUUCGCCUGGAAUGAAAUCGUAUUUGCACGAGGCGGGUUAGCUUAACCGGCUUCGAUAUGGUUUGAUACGUCACUGACCUCGGCAGAUAUCGCGUUCGGCCCGUUCCGUCAUUUCGAUGUGGUGUCUGCGGGCCACCUUUGACCCCAUAAUAUGGCAAUCCGGUCUUUACAAACGAUGGCUUGAAAAGGAAUAUUUCAAUUUUGUUUCAAUGUAUCUUUUUCAUUCCAAGUUUCCUGUUACAAUGUAAGUUAUUUAAGUCAAAGCUAUGAACUUGUAAGCAACUUUGGUUGAUUCUUCGUUUAAAGUUAGCGGUUGAUGAGGUAA